AUGCCGCGACGCGGCGACACAAAAAAAGGUACGCAUAGACUGCUGUACGCAAGGGGGACGGGGGGCGUCAGGCGUGGCUUCCUGAGACGCAGACAGGGAACCCAAGAUGAACAAGCCGUCGGCCAGCCGAAGUUCUCCAUCGAGACGCACGCGCCGAGAGGCCUCCCCCCCGGAAUAACCUUCACGAGGUUUUCGGACCUGCCGUCGUGCCGGGACUACGUGCACUCGAGAGGGGGCACGCUGAUUGGCGUCGAGAUCGGAGGGGGUGCGAGGAACAUCGACGAGGAACCGUUCCUGGGAACGUGCGCGUUCAUGCCCGGAAACGAGGGAUCGGGUAUGAGUGAGCAGCAGAAAGCGUGCUGCGACUCCUUCGUGUACAUCUCUCAGCACGGCGGUGGGACGGCGUCUCUCAACGUCGCCGUGGCCGCGUCCAUCGUCUUGCAUCGGUACGCCGGUUGGAGGUCCAACAUGGGCACAACAACAACAACAACAACAACAACGUCAACACCAUCAACAUCAGAAGCAGCACCAACAGCAACAGCAACAGCCACAACAUCAACACCGCCACCACCAACACCACCAGCGGCGGCAGCACCAAAACCAACAACGAGAACAUGAGUCGGUCCUGCCAUAAAGAUUUUCUUGUCGCCUUACAUCCCCCAACCAACUUUUUUUUUUUUGUGGAUUGAUAGGCAAAGAAUUCGGGCCAAUACAGCAGUCCAACAAACCAGGAAUGUCCGAAAUGUUCGAAAUUUUCAAUUUUGGAACCUACUGUCCACGGAUUGACGUUGCUUCAGUAGGGAGGGGGGGUAAUUCACGGAAGCACCCUCGAGGCAUGAAAACGGUGCUGCAAUUAGUUAUGUGGAACAAGGAGUGUUGCGGCUGAUUUACGGCUGUCGCCGUCCAUGUGUUGACGUUCACGUAUUUUUUUGACAUCUAAAAGUCUACUCGUGUCGCAGACAAAACGGGACCAAUAAUUGACCAGAAAGGAACCGUUCAAGAAACGAAACAAGAGGUCGUCUUCUUCAACAAUAUGAUAUAUUUGUCGCUCAAGGCACGUACUCAAUUACAGUUACCCUCUCGCCCUGUCGACGCACCAUUGUUUGAAAGCAGCAAUUGACGACAGGGAGAUGUGAGCAGGAACUCGCUUCAGAGGAGAGGGCAAAAACCGCAAAAAAAAAAGGGGGGACUACAUUGUACACCUUGUCGAUCGAUCGUAGUAGCCGGGAUAGGUAUACAAUGAUUACCGCAGCUUGCCUCGGGCAACCGUGCUGGUCCUCUACGAGAGUGUUGUUUUUUAUUGUGGAAUCUCAUUUUCACCGGGCGUUGCAAACCCGGAAUUUCAGUUGGGAACUUAGGGUUGGAAAACGUUGAGUAGGUAUUUUCUUGUUGAUACUACCAGGUAUACAAAUUGCAUGUUUUUUUUAGGGACCGUUGGCUUCCUUUCAUCGCCUGAGGGGGCGCACCAAUUCAUGUCUCAACGUGCUUCCGAGUGUACUAUUUUCAUGUGAGACAACAACAACAACAAUUGCACGCCUGAACCAUCAUAACAUGUCGUUGACACCACCCUCUCGUAAAACAUCAAGUAAACAUACCUAAAAAAAGCGCAACGAAAAAACGGUUCAACAAAAGACGAGUCCUUCUCGCCACAUGCACACAUCUCGGCGUGCCAUCUCGCUCUACUCUUUGGCGAAUUGCAUGCUAGUUCCUCAAACGCAUCAAACAUGCUAGACCUCUGCCAUCACGCGUGGGUUGCAGUUCGUCGUCGCACGCAAAGCUGCCUGUCUGUGUGAAACGCACGAGCUACAACCGCUGCUGUAGUUAAUACGGCAAUGAAAAACACACUUCGACCCCGAGAACAUCACAACAUCUAUGCGCACGAGCUACUUACUGCUGCUGUAGUUGAUACGACGAUAACAAGACAUCCGACCCUCAGAACAACACAACAUCUAUGCACACGGUUCGCCCAAAAGGCCACGGAGAAGGGUUCAAACCGGCGACCAAAGGAAGCACAGCAAGAAAAACACGGACUGCUGUGGUGGGGGUACACAAAACAAAAACCAGCGUUUGGUCGCCAGAAUUGGUCAUCACUAUUUCAGCAAAAACGACGCAAGCAUCAUGCAACGAGCCUUGCCCUAUCGAACAGUUACAGCAGUUAUCACUACGUAGGUGCCCAACACAGUUAGUCUCGCUAAAGUAUACACAGCGGUCACCGAAGUUCCGCGACUUGGCUAAUUGACACUCAUCGACGACAAGCACAUGGGUGAGGUGCACCACCGCAGCUACAACCCCCCAUUCCCCCCCUACUUAAUCGUUUCCACGGGUUUCGAGCCAGAGGAGGCGAGGGAAGUCGGGGGUCCUGUCUUGCUGGCCCCCUCCAAAGGCGUUUCUAUUUGUGCCGACACCGCCGUGGGUUCUGCUCGAGAAGGAGUCGUCGCCGACGAGGACGAGGUUAACACCGCUACCGUUACCGCGGCGGCGGACGGAGGCAGCGGUGGUCGCUGCUGUACGGAUGUCGAAGUUACCGGUGGGUCGGUAGGUUUCGUAGGCUCACGCACCGCCGGCGCCGCCGGUUGCCGUUGCUCUGGAACCGGCGCGUCGGCGGCUAUCUUCGCCUCAACUGUCGUCGGCAAUGCGGGCUGGGUCUGAGUCGAGGGCGUGACGGUUGCCUUCGGCUCGCCUGACAGCCCCGCGGGUGGUUGUCGUUGGAUCGACGUGGAAGAGCUCGGCGAGCCGUCGACAGGCUCCUUCGGCUCCGUUGCCGCCAGAACCGCUGGCUGUUGUCGGGCCUGAGACAAAGCCUUGGAGGGGUGCGACAGCAGUUGCCCUUGGCUCGCCCGGCGACAGCACCGGUAGUUGCCUUUGGCCUGAUUUCGAAGCGCUCGCUUCAGCUGCGGCCGGCACGGCUGGCUGUUGUCGGGCCUGAGCCGAAGUCUUGGAGGAUGAAACAGCAGUUACCUUUGGCUCUCCCGACGGCAGCACCGGUGGCUGUCUUUGAUCUGGCUUGCACGCGCUCAUCGAGUCGACACCAGCUUUCUUCGCCUCGGCUGCCGGCCGCCCCGCGGGCUGUUCGCGAUGCUUAGUUGAUACCUUCGCCAGAUCGACACCGUUCUUGGCCUCAACGGCGGCCAACGCCUCCGCAGUCGACGCCCUCGCCGGGUAGACAGGUUUCUUCUCCUCAACUACCGUCGUCGGCGCUACCACCCCCGCCGCCGCCGCC